CAGAAAGAGAGAGCGAAAAGGGUUGGUGAGGAUGAGAACGAGUUCUGGUGAUGUGGUGCAGUUAAGGGGGAUGUGGGCGAGUCCGGCGGUGCAUAGGGUGGCGUGGGCGUUGAGGUUGAAGGGAAUAGAGUAUGAAUAUGUGGAAGAGGAUUUGGAGAAAAAGAGCAAAGCACUUUUGGAAUUGAACCCUAUUACCAAGCAAGUGCCGGUUCUUGUCCACGAUGGCAAGCCAGUGCUUGAAUCGCUCGUUAUUCUUGAAUACAUUGAUGAGAUUUGGGGUGACAGAGCGCCAUUACUGCCAAUGAAAGCUUAUGAGCGUUCACGAGCGCGAUUUUUAGCAUUUUUUUUGGAAGAUAAGGGUCGGGAGGCAGCAAGGAAGCUUUUUUUUGCUGGAGAAGAAGAUAGAAAGGAUAGCCUUAAAGCAUUUGAGGAAGUUCUGGAAGUGUUGGAGAAAGAGCUCACAAUGAAAGGAGACUUCUUUGGGGGACACCACAUGGGAUAUCUUGACUUGGUGGUGGGUUGGAUCCCUUUUUGGCUUGGGGUGGUGGUGGAAAAAGUCCUUGAUUUCAAUCUAAUCGAUGUUGUGAAGUUUCCUAAAUUUGCUACAUGGAGCAAAAACUUCUUGAAACAUUCCCCAGGAGAUAAGUUGGAGAGCAUAAUAACUUUACCUCCUGAGGACAUGGCUAUUGAGUACUUCACUAAGUUUCGUCAACUUCAUUUGGCUUGAACUAAUUGAUGAGAAGUUUAUCAAAUAACUCAAUUUAUCUAAGUGCCUAAGAUAAAACUACAUGUUUUUUGCAUUGUUCUGAAAUGUUAUCUUUAGUUUUCCUAUGAAUUUAAAUUGUCAUUAUAAAUUGAACACUUAGUAAUAAAA